ACCAGACAGAAUGGCCAGAAAUUGUAUAUGGAAACUUGUAGCGUCUGUAUCAUCGUCUUCCAUAAGCCAAGAACCCUAUAUUCCUAAAUCCUUUCUACCAGGUGACUUUGAAAUCGAGGUAGUAACUCCAACCAGACCCGGGAUUUUAUGGAUGUCAAUCAGGUUUUUGAGGUUCCCGACACGCCUGAUAGAUCAGUAGCAGCAGCACAUAAUGGUCACCACAACAAUAUUGAAAGGCAAAGUGAUGCUUCCAUCAAUAACUGUAUAGUGAGUAAUGAUUACAUUAACAGAAGGAUGAGAAAUGAGCCGAGGGAAAAAGGAAAAUCAGUUGCAGUUAACAGAAAUCGGAGAUUGUUUAUUGGUCCUGACAGUUGCAGCAACUCCCCGGUUUCUAGAUCAGGGGGUUCAUGCUCUUUUAAGAACGCUAGGCCUACUAUAGAUGCUACCAGGCAUGACAAAGGAAAGGGUUUAUGUAAUUCUGAUGCCCAAAACUCUGCUUUCAAAAGAAGUGGUAAUUUUGCUGUUGCGGCUGAGGAAAACCGGCAUGGAGAUUAUGGAGUUAGCAGAGUAAAUGCCUCUAGAAAAGGUGUAUUACUGCUCAAUGGGGUUUCUGCUGUUAAUUCUUUGGAUACAUCGAGCAAAUCAUGUAAACUAAAUAAUACUCUCGAGACUGGUCCAAGCUCCGACUGUGGAAAGGGUGUCGACCUUUUAGCUGCAGCUCAUCGUAAAGCUGAAAGUAAUGCAUCUGCAAGUAUGCAACCGUGCACAUCAUCUAAAGUCCCUCGGCAGAAAAUGUUGGUGCGAAAUGGAUGUAUAUCUCCCCAAAACAUAGCGAAAUCUAAACACGUUGCUGAGAAGCAUGAAACUGGUAGUGUGGUAAAAGCACGUAAUGGUUCUAUUACACUGGCAUCUGAUGGUCAAUCAAGUACGGUUGAUAUUAAGGAUCUGAUAGCUGACGCUAAAGAUGCACACAGAUGCAAGGGAAAAAGAGUAUCUUGUCAUCUUUCAUCUAAAGAGCCUGCUGCAGGGGGCAGCCAUUUGUCUCAUAGGAGAUCUAUUCAAGAACCGGUUGAUAGUAGCAGUGGUUUCAGUGUAGGUGCCUCUAGAUGCUCUGCUGAAUCAGGAAGAUGGAGAACCACCCACAACCAUAGGAAACAAAGAGAAAUUGAACAUCAAAAGAACGGAACGUUGCAAAGGGAUCAUAGGAAUGGAAGAGACAUCAUAAAUCUAGAUGAAUCGGAUGUAGUCUCUUCUCGACAUGUUUGUGAUUUACCUCCAUCAAUGCCCCCUCAGAAGUCGGGUAUUAAUGGACAGAGGGAGGGUACUGCCCCCAGAAAUUUUGGCAAACGUUCUAUGUCAUGUGUCGAUGCCCCUGCCGGGGAACCUUCGAGUUCAAGACCAAAAAGGAACAAGAGCCUUCAUGGUGUCGGCACUUCGAAUUCAGUCUCUGAGCCCAAUACACGCCAUGGUAAUGAUGAGGGUUCGAGUGUCAGAGCUCUACAGGUUGAGGCAGAUGAGAUGUUGGCUAGAGAACUGCAAGAACAGUUAUACAAUGAGCCGACACCUUCAGUUGAAAUUGGCGAGAUGGAUUCUCGUCUUGCAUUUGGAAUGCCAGUGCAGCAGGAUAACAGUUCACGGCAUGCUGGAGGUCGUCGUGCUAUUCGUCGUCGAGGGCCAUCGAUGAUGAAUGUGCAUGAACCCAUCCGGCGCCCUACAAUUCGAAGACGACUUCAACGUCAAGUUCGUACCUCCACAAGAAUGGAUCCAGUUAGGCGUGUCUUUUCACGUUCUCGAACAACAUUUUCUUCAUCCAACCGAAGAAACUCAAUAUUUCCUGCAAACAUGGAUGUGGACAUGAGAAUGCAGAUACUCGAAACAUUAGAGGCCGUCGGUGAUAUGCGAAUGCCUAAUGAUUUGUUACACAUGGGGCGUGAAUUCAACGAGGACGAUUAUGAAAUGUUGUUGGCUCUUGAUGAGGAUAAUCACAGACAUGGAGGCGCAACUCGUGCACAGAUUAAUAACCUGCCAGAGUCAACAGUUCAGGCUGAAAAUCUUCAAGAAUGUUCAAUUUGUCUUGAAACUCCUACUGUUGGUGAAACCAUUCGACAUCUUCCUUGUCUUCAUAGAUUUCACAAAGCGUGCAUCGAUGAGUGGCUGAGAAGAAAAACAUCGUGUCCUGUAUGCAAAUUGUCGGUCACUUAAUUCACCUGCAUUUUUGCAAAAAAUGAAGCCAAAUACGCAGUCAAAACUCAUUUGGGAACCGAAGGUAGAUUCAACUUGGUAUUUACGAGUUAUGGUAGGAGAUCGGUUUAUAUAUACAAUAUAGUAGGUGUUGGUGAAAAGGCCGUUUAUAGAAUCAAGCCUUUGAACCGUAUGUUCAACAUGAGCUCAAGAUGUUCGAUUGAGCUUGGACUCUUGGCCUUCCCGUGCACUGCGAGGGCCAACAAAUAAAAUAUCGCGAAAGAUACCGAUCAAAGACUGCCGUUGAUGAUCUUGGUUGGCUCUUUGUUGAGAUCGAUUCAUUCAUAACCAUGUUUGUGAAUGAAUCUGCAAGAUUUUUGUGAUUCCUUGGUUUGAAUACUCGUUUUGGUCGAAAUCUCAGAGAUCAGAUGAUUAACGGUAUACACUCUUCGGUUUUUUGUUUAUGCAAAUAUAAGAUUUUGCUACAUUCUCUUUUUAGCGAUCUUAUAGAAAUACAACAAACCAUUCGGGUACCAAAGGGUCAUUAGUUCAACAGUAUCUAGAUUAACGGUAGCGCCUUCCUUUAUGUAAGUUA